UACAGCGUCGCGGCGUUUUGCUUCUUUUCCCUGCAGCGACAGAGAUCCGCUUUGGAUUCUCGGAGCGCCUCAGUCAGUAGGCUGCGAGCCACGUCGCCGAUCGCUCGGCGAUUCGGCCGGCUCUUUUUUUUCUUCUCUAUCUCGCGUCUCUCUGUCUACUAUUCGUUUCCGGUGUACAGUGUGCCGGCAACACACGCGAACUCGCUAUUUAUAACGGUAAGUUUCGAUUUAGUUCGGAAGUCGUUAAGUAACGAUGAAAAAAAAACGCCGGUAUGCUAGCUCUCCCUCUAUAUGCUGUCUCGCGUUCGGCAUUUUGGCGCGAUUUGUGCGUGUGUGUGUGUUAUUGUCGUACAGUGCUGUUCUCUGGAUUCCUCCGGCGUAAUAUUGCGCUCUGCGCUACUGGACGACGCCGAUCGUAAUAAAUGACCCGAGGCUCCGCACUAUGCUCCACAAUGGUUCGGCUCAAGUGCAACUGCCCACCGGUCAUCGCCUGGCUUCUCGCCGUCGUGGUCAUCCUCUCGGCAGCAACUCCCAGCGUUGCGGACGUCUGCCACUCGGAUCGCUUGCUGAAAAACGCCGACUUCGAGGUGAGGUGUACCAACUCGCCGAACCUCCAGGUUCACAUCCUCUGCAAGACCAGCAACAGCAAUACCUGGUCGAACUUCCCUCGCGAACGGCUGAAUCUCGUCAAAGUCGAGUCGACGAUCUUCCGGAAGUGCAGCUUCGACUCGGACCUCAACCUCCUCGACAUCACCAGCAAGUUCCUCAACCUGCGCAGCAUCGACAGGCUCGUGUUCGAGCACUCGCUCGGUCCACCAGGUCGUGAGAAUCUACGUGGCUUCAACCUCCAGCGACUGCAAAUCGUCGACAAUGACUUCGUCGAGUUGCCUGCCGACAUGCUGCACGACGUCAAAGUCGACGAGCUCCGAGUCGAGCGCAUACCCUUGAGUAGCAUUCCCAGAGGCUUCUUCGGUAACUCCAGUGAGAUCAGCAGCAUCGACAUCGUCGGCACGAAACUGAAUCACAUCGAAAGCGACGCCUUCAGCUCGCUGAGCAAACUCAGGAAGCUGGCGCUGUACAACAACAGCAUCGAGACCAUCGCGCCGGACGCGUUCGACGAACUGGUCAAUCUGCGAUUCCUUGAUCUUGGCUUGAACAAGCUGCACAGCCUGCCCGGGGAUGUUCUGAAGAAGCUCACGAAGCUCGAGAUCGUCAACCUCAGUCAGAACGAGUUCGACGAGAUGCCUGGCGACUUGCUGCAGAUCGACAAGAGUCGGCUCCAAAAAUUUCGGCUGUCUCACAAUCGAGGAAAACUCAAGACCCUGCCUUCCGGAUUCUUUCGUGGACUCAGUGGGCUUAACGAGACCGAGCUGACCAGCAAUGGCUUCACAAGUCUGCCCGCUGAUCUGUUCAAUGACUCGAUUAACCUCACCUCGCUGAACAUGAGUAACAAUAGUUUGAUGAGUCUGCCGCCCAAUAUAUUCGACAACACGAAUCUCAGGCUGCUUGGACUAUCGCGCAACAAGCUGGAGACGUUGCCGCAAGAUAUCUUCAGCCACGGUAAUUUGCAGACACUCGAUAUGAACCACAAUCGACUGAGGAACUUGUCCAAAGACACUUUAGCCGAACUGGUGAAACUCGAGACGCUGCAAGUUUCACACAAUGAUUUGACGUACAUCGAUGGGGAUGCUUGCAAAAUCUUGAAAGAAUUGCGAAACGUGGAUCUGUCGUAUAAUCAGCUAACCCUUGAUCAUCCUAACAAUUCCAUGUCUAUCCUACUUGACUGUAAGAACAUCGUCGACGCUAACUUGUCUCACAACAAGAUCACUCGGAUUUUCGGCGACUGGUUGUAUAAAUCGCAAUUGAAGAACUUGAAUCUAGAGUACAACGACAUCCGCUACGUCUCGGUGUCAGAUCUGAGGAUACUACGCCCAGAUGCAGUGCUCAAUCUCAAAAAUAACAAGAUUACUACGGUCAAUCUAACGGGUCUCGUUGAAACGGUUGAGCAGUACAAUAAGCAUAAUAAGAAUAUUUUUAGAAAUGCCAAAGUUUAUCUAGAUCAUAAUCCCUUGCACUGUGACUGCCACCUGCUUCAGCUCUUUGAAUACUACAAUCGAACAAUGAAUAACGAAAUCUACUCUUACGUAAAACUAGAGCCCAGAGAUCUGAAAUGCCAAUCACCUGUACAGUUUACCAAUAUUUCCAUUACCACUAUCGGUCUGGAUAAUCUCAAUUGUCCGGUCAAAACGAACGUGACAACCGACGCCUGCAAUAACACCUGCACCUGCUGGGACUAUCCAGGCAAGAAGGUCCUGGCAGUUGAUUGCUCUUAUCGCAAUCUUACCAGUGUACCCAAGGAUGUCGGCAAUCCGAACAACCGAUCGAUUGAACUCGAUCUUUCUGGAAACAAGCUGCUUAAGACCCCAGCGAUGAACAUCUCCUACCUGCUCAACGUGACCGUUCUAAAUCUCUCGAGUAACAACAUCUCCACGGUAUCCCUGAGCGUCUUUUCUAGCAAUUUGCAAAAACUCAUGCUGCACAACAACAGCAUCUCACGACUUGAUAAUAGUGUCGUUGAAUACCUAUCCGACUACAGCACGUUGAGCAAGUUGACCCUCUACCAGAAUCGUUGGAUCUGCGAUUGCGAAGCUCGCAACUUUCUUAUCGUCGUUCAAAAGAAGCUGUCGCAGAAGCAGUCGCAAACAUUACAUACCAUCGAUCUCCAAGAGGACACAUGCAGCGGCACUAAUCGUCUUUUCUCGAGCAUGACCGUCAACGAGCUUUGCGAAGGCGCCAUCGCCAUUAUCGUCGUAAGCUGUUUGCUCAUCGCGCUCUUCGGUGUGAUACUGGGACUCCUGGCAGCAUUGUACUACAGGUAUCAAAAGGAAAUCAAGGUUUGGCUGUACUCGAAGCAGUGGUGUCUGUGGUUCGUUACCGAGGACGAACUUGACAAAGACAAAAUGUAUGAUGCAUUUAUAAGCUUUUCACAUAAAGACGAGGACUUUGUGGAAAAAGAGAUCGUGGCUAAACUGGAAGAUGGACCUAAGCCUUAUAAGCUCUGUUUGCAUUACCGCGACUGGCUAGCUGGUGAAUGGAUACCAGCCCAAAUAGCCCGAUCUGUUGAUGAAUCGAGAAGAACGAUAGUUGUACUGUCUCCUAACUUUAUUGAAAGUAUUUGGGGACGAAUGGAAUUCCGAACUGCGCAUAGCCAGGCGCUGAGUGAGGGCAGAGCCCGCGUUAUAGUGAUCCUGUAUGGCGACAUAGGCAACACAGAAGACCUGGAUCCCGAAUUGAAGGCUUACCUCAGCAUGAACACGUACGUCAAGUGGGGUGACCCAUGGUUCUGGGACAAACUCAGAUAUGCUCUACCACACAGGUAUGAGCCAUCAAAGCGUAGGACACGAACUGCCCGCAUAAUUGAAAAUCAUCUGGCACAGCUGCCUGUAAAUAAUCACAAUGAUCACGUCGGAAACAAGUCCGAAAUCAUUCCUAUGCCCAAAAUUAGCACCAGCUCUAACGAUUCAGCUAAGCUGCUUGACUCGGCUGCCGAAGACGACCGAAUCGUUCAAAACUGUUAGCAUUCGCUUAUUAUCUAACUACGCAUUUUCGUCAAGAUACUUUGUGUUAUAUGAACUAAGGCAUAGAAAACGUACAAAAGUGUAUGUAGAUUUGUGACAUCGUGAGCGCACAUUAACUCUAUGUUAAACGCGUAUAAAAUAUAGCGUGAUAGUGCUAUAGUUUUUAGUGCUCUGAUAAAAGUGAUUUUGGUUUUACGAAAUCAUAUUUGUUUUAACUGUGCAGAAUAUCGAUUGAAAAUCUAUUUAUUUUUCAUUAAUUGAAAAGCUAAACAAUAUCCUAAAAUAUUAUCGAUUUAUUCUGAGUAAGCUCGUUAGAUUUGCUAUGAUAUGCUGUUUAAGUAUCUCUGUACCUAUUCUGUUAAAAACACAAAUAUCUUCAAUCGUUGUUGAAUCCUAAAUUAUCGUUUACAGUGAAUAUAAAGCCUUGCUGUAAAAAUGCAGUUUGAUUUAUUAUUAUAUAAUCAAGUAUCAGAGUAUGCUAAAUAUUAAAUACCACCUUGUGUUGCUCCAAAUUUGUUGAAAAUGACUCAUCUAGAAAAACAUUUAAAAAAUGAUGAACAAACAAUUUUGUACAAUGCUUUUGCUAUAAGUAAAUCAUUGUACGCUGAGUUUAUUGAAAGACUUAAGUUCAAAAAGACUAAUAAAAUAUUUGUAUAAGGAACAUUGAAUCCUAGAUGCGGUUAAUGCGGUAUUCAAGUGCUAAAAUUAUUUGAAAUUUGAAAAAUUAAAUUGAAUACAUUUUUUACAAAUAUUUUACUAGUUUUUUUUUUUUAAUCAACGUAUUCGUGUAAAUCUUUAAGAUUUAGGUGUUAGUAGUAAUAACGAUAUUAAUGACUGACAGUAAUCCCUCUAAUGAUGUCAAAAUAUGAAUAUUUUAGCAAUGAUUUUGCUUUUCGACAUUAUUAGAACCGAAAACAGUUGUUGUAAGAUAAAAUGUUUGUAACAUAUGCACGAUUUCGGCGUUUUAAGGCACAAAAAUCGCAGUAUAUCCCAAAGGCUAAGUGGGCUUUUUGACCUUGUGUGGUUGUGAUACUCGUCUUUGGCUCGUGCUAGCUAGCCUCAACUUGUAAUGCAAUCUCCACACUCGAUAAAAAAAAGAAAAAGAAACACUUUUCGCCUUUGGUACACAAUAUACUAUUUAAUUGAUUGUAUAUCAUUUUAAUUUAUCACUGAAUCUUAAACAUAUUCAUUAAGCUGUAACAAAAGUCACACUAUCCUUAUUUUUCUGGCAACUAAAUUAAAUUACGUCUCGACUUAAUAUCUGCUAUAUAGAUGAUUCAAUUUAAACCUAUAAUAUGUUCUAUUGCCGCUAUUAUUUAAACAUAUUAAAAGUAGAAUCUAUAGACUUAUAGUUUAAUAAGCCUAAAGAAAAUAUCGAUAACUGAAAUGACAUUUCUGGUCUUAACAAACACCAGUGUAAUUAUUUCACUUACAAGAUUAUUUUUACUUUGUAAGAUUUCUUGUAUAUACUUUUGUUGUACAUACAUCGUGUCUUCGAUUAAAAACGUUAGUAACUGUUGUAGAAAUUAAAAUUUAUAUUAUAAAUACAUUUUUGUAAGUCGUAAAACAACUUACAAAAAUGUAUUUAUAAUAUAACACAACUAAACAACAAGCGUAAUAAAUUACAGAUGUAAAACUGUUUAAUUGUUCAAUUAUCUUGUAAUUUUGUAUACUCAUUAGCUGUAAUUUUUUAAUUUAUAUUUUUGUAAGAGAUUGUCAAGAGAUCGUAAAAAUCGACCAAGGAAAAAAUAUAUCUAAUCGACUUUUUUAUGUAAAUACGUAUUACAUUAAGAAUAAACUAUAAAUGAAAAUA